CAUAAUAUUAACGACAACAACACGUACAACUACAUGUACUCGGUUUUAUUAGUCAUAACAGCUGUACAGAAAGAAAGACGCUUAAGUUUGCAGAGGAAGAACCGUUUAAUGUCUGCUAUCAUAAACACGAAACGUACCGACGACCAGGUUUUAAAAACAUUGAAACAGAAGGCAGUAUUGUCAACAGCUAGCGUGUAGCAGGAUUACACUACACCUAGCUCUCUCUAUCUGUGUGUGUGUGCGCGCUUUAGCCCACUGAUCAGUCCCGGCUGCUCUACCCUUUAUUUUUAGCCUAUAGUAUGUAACAUGCUGUUAAUAUUUAUCCUGACGGCUACAGCACAAUUGUUUGUACGCCAUAAAGCUGGCCGUUUUUUCCCCCUCGACAGGUUUUAAGAGUGUUGUUGUUGUUGUUGUUGUUGUUUUGUUUGUUUCAUACCGAGUCUGCUGUUUAGCCAGCCUGCUAGCUAGUUACGUACUUCCCGUACCGCAGUCCGUGCUAGCUUCACGCUCAGGGUCCAGACAGAAUCCUCCACACGAACAGCAGAGCCCCCGAGCAGAUGGGGAAAUGAGGUGCAGUGUUUACUUCUGUGUGUUUCUGGAGGGGAAAUCCAACAAAACAACACCAAAACCCGCAGAUUUAUCCGCGUCUCGCUGGCUAGUGAGCUACAGGGAAGCUAGCGCGCUAGCCGAGCAGCCAAGUUGAUGCUAAAAGUGAGGCCUGUGGAUGUAUUCCGGACCAGCAGAGUUCGGCACCAUAUGAGGGAGGUGUAUGGAAGGUGCGAGUAGAUCUUCCAGACAAAUACCCCUUCAAAUCACCAUCUAUAGGAUUCAUGAAUAAGAUCUUUCAUCCAAACAUCGAUGAAGCAUCUGGGACCGUGUGCUUAGAUGUGAUAAAUCAGACAUGGACUGCUCUUUAUGACCUCACCAAUAUAUUUGAGUCAUUUUUGCCACAGCUCCUUGCGUACCCCAACCCCAUCGACCCCCUGAAUGGAGACGCUGCAGCCAUGUACUUGCACCGGCCAGAGGAGUACAAGCAGAAAAUCAAAGAAUACAUUCAGAAAUAUGCAACAGAGGAGGCUCUGAAGGAGCAGGAGGAGGGCGCAGGUGACUCUUCAUCAGAAAGCUCCAUGUCGGAUUUCUCGGAAGACGAGGCACAGGAUAUGGAGUUGUAGUGAACAUGCACCUCUUCUUCUUUAUUCCAGAGACUAUAAUUUCCUAAACAUGAGACGCAGACUAUAAAACUCAUAUUUAAACAAGACAAUUUUUAUAUUAUUAUUAUUAUUAUUAUUAUUAUUAUUAUUAUUAUUAUUAAAAUCCGAAUUUUUAUGGCUAUACCAUUGAUAAGGAUUAUGCUCUUUAUGUGACCUCCCCACCCCUAAACUAACCCCCCCCCCCACACACACACACACAUCAUUGCCCCACCCUAAUGACGGCUUUAUUAUAGUCCUUCCCGUGCGAGUUCUAUAGGUACAUUACACUCAGUUUGAAAGGUCUGCGUGGGCUAUAGAGAGGAGUUCAGUUACUGGCGAUGGAGGACAUUACAGAUGUUUAUCGGAACAGUGGGAAAGGCGUACCCCAGCCUACGUGAUUCACUCUAAAGUAUUUAUUGUUCAGCAGCACAAUCUCUGACUCCGAGCACAACAAGUAGAUAGAACGUUGCCCUAGGGCCGGCUGUGCAGGUUCACUAAUUGGACAAAUGUGAAUUUUUAACCUAUUCGCCAUUCGUUUAAACAGUCUGCAUUGAGAGACUAGAGCUCCAACGAGGGGAGGGGUGCCUUUAUCCAUCCGAGACAAAUUUACAUAAUCACCAAAUUACAGCCCACAGUCCAAUCUACAGAAGCAGUGUCUUCAGUAGGUCAGUUUGGUUGGCAUCUUUCUUUUAAUUGUUUCUCAACUUGCUCUUUUGGGUUUUUUUUUUUUGUUCUCUCCUGAUUUCAGUCAUUAAAAGAAUUGGGAUUAAAGAGACAAUUGCACCUUGAAGUUCUAUUAACAAUUAAAAAAAAAAAAAAAAUUCGUAUACAUUUUUUAUUUCUCCUUUUUUUUUUAAAAUUUUUUUUGGAUUCACUUUACGUUAACAGAAACGAUCUUCGUCCGAUGCCUGUGCUGGGCAGUUCGCGUGCUCGGACCGCUGUGUCCAGGAGGACGUUACAGGAAGCUAGAUUAGUAACUUUUUCGUUUAUUUGUAACACUUGGAAAUGCAUCCCUAAUCAUUUUAUUGCCCAAAGUAAAAUAAAGUGGUGUUUUUCUUCUUUA